CCUAAGGGGUGGAAAACCAGGCGGGCACACUAAACUUUCCAAGCAAUAUUAAAAAAUAAUAAAUAAAAGACAAUAAAGUAUUCGCGAAACAAAGAGCCUGCCUUUACUUGAUCUGGACCAGUGAAUAGGAAAGGCUGGAGAGUCUGGUCUGCGUCAGUUGGAGCUCUUUAAAUGGUGAAAUCGGCCCCGCUCCUGUCCCUUCCACCGGUCCACACGAGCGUUAUCAAGAUGAGCAUGCGCACACGUGCCUUGGUCUUCUCCACUUUCUUCGGCAGCUGCCUGGCCAUCGGCCUGCUGCUUGUGAGCUUGACUACCAACCACUGGGUAAGGGCCUCUACGCAGCGGAGCAACUCAACGGAGGCCCACGGAGAGGUUAACUUUGGGCUCUUCAAUGGCAACCAUGACUUGAACUUUGGAGUCGGCUGGAGGAGCAAUCCGUUUAAUGUUUACACCUUCGUGCGCACGGAGAACGGCGACACCAGCUUCUGGCUAUGGCUCUUCACCACCCUGGGCACGGGCUUUGGCCUCUUGGCCUGCGCCGUGGCAGCCAUCGCCGCUGUCCUGAAGUCAGCCUCUGCGGCCAAGAGGGGCGGUACCAUGGCACUGCUCCUGGUCGCCAAUGUAUCGGCCGCUGGGGCUCAGGUGGUGGCCUUUGUCUCCUGGCUGGUGCAAUUCUAUCAGUACUUCAUCCACAACGUACUGCUGACCGAGCACCAGCAGCAGCACUGGUACAGCACCGGAAUGGCCUACCUGGGCUACAGCUUCUACUUGGUCGUGAUCUCAACGAUUGUGGUUCUGCUCAACAUCAUCAUCUUACUGUAUGCCAAGCGGCGAGAGCUUCACGACCGCCGGCGCCUGGAACCGCCGGGUGAGGACAAGAACCAGGCCGGCAUAAUGCUGUACUAGGAUGGAAGCACCCUGAAUGAACCUCAAGAACAAGAACAAGUAAUCUCAGCGGCUCAAACGAUUGUGCCUUACUUAAGGAUGCCUUUUGCUUGCCAACAACAAGGCCUAUUUUAAUAUUAUACUCCACCCCAGGACCUGAGGGAACAUUCGUUUAGAUUAGCAUGAAAACCAAGUAUUUAAAAGUCUGUCUCACGACUGAAGAGCAUUUCAGCUGCAGGGCCAACCUGUGGAGCAAAAGCGCACGAAACUGUACGCACCUAUCAAUAUUUAUAUAAACUAUAUAUUAUACUCGAAUGACCUUUAUAUAUACACUUAUAUAUAUAUAUAUAUAUACUCUGAUUUCUCUACCUUGUAUGUACUGCCAAGUAUUUUUAUGUGCAUAUUUUCGAAUACAGAAACAGUCAUUGUUAAGAAACACAAAAA